CCGCUCCGUCGGAAUUCCCCCGACGCGACGCCCGGGCGGCACCCGCUGCAGUGGCGCUACCCUGGGACGUGUGACACGGUGACAGGGACUAAAGUGGGAUAUCCGGCGUUGUCGGGGUCUCCGCAUGGCUCCAGGACAAAUGGCUCCCUAGACCUCGGGCACCUGGAUCGGGACCGGGGGUCCCAGCCAUCUCUCCAUCCUUUAGUUCACGCAUUCAACACAUAUUCACACUGUGCCAAGCGCUGCUGAAGGGCCUCGGUCACUGCAGCAGAGCCACAGCCCCAGAACUGACGUCCAGAGGGGGACACACCUGAAGAAGUGAGCACAUCAGGAAAAGCCAAAGUUAUUCAACGAUAGUUAUGACCUCCCGGUUACGCGCGUUGGGUGGAAGAAUUAAUAACAUACGCACCUCCGAGUUACCCAAAGAGAAAACUCGAUCGGAAGUCGUCUGCAGCAUACGCUUUUUAGAUGGCUUGGUCCAGACCUUUAAGGUUAACAAACAAGACACUGGCCAGUCGCUUCUGGACAUGGCGUACACCCACCUGGGCGUGACUGAAAAGGAAUACUUUGGUUUGCAACAUGGCGACGACUCAGCGGACUCCCCCAGAUGGCUUGAGUCAAGCAAACCCAUCAGGAAGCAGUUAAAAGGAGGUUUCCCCUGUACCCUGCAUUUUCGAGUAAGAUUUUUUAUACCUGAUCCCAACACACUGCAGCAAGAACAAACCAGGCAUUUGUAUUUCUUACAACUGAAGAUGGAUAUUUGUGAAGGAAGGUUGACCUGCCCUCUUAACUCUGCGGUGGUUCUUGCAUCCUAUGCAGUACAAUCCCAUUUUGGAGACUUCAAUUCCUCCGUACAUCAUCCAGGUUACCUUGCGGACAGCCAGUUUAUACCAGAUCAAAGCGAUGACUUUCUCACCAAGGUCGAGUCGCUGCAUGAGCAGCACAGUGGGCUGAAGCAGUCGGAAGCCGAAUCCUGCUACAUCAACAUAGCCCGGACCCUCGACUUCUACGGAGUGGAGCUGCACGGCGGCAGAGAUCUGCAUAAUUUAGAUCUAAUGAUUGGAAUUGCUUCGGCGGGCAUUGCUGUGUACCGAAAAUACAUUUGCACAAGUUUCUAUCCUUGGGUGAACAUUCUCAAAAUUUCUUUCAAAAGGAAAAAGUUCUUUAUACAUCAGCGACAAAAACAGACCGAAUCCAGGGAACAUAUCGUGGCCUUCAACAUGCUAAAUUACCGAUCUUGCAAAAACUUGUGGAAAUCGUGUGUCGAGCACCAUACGUUCUUUCAAGCAAAGAAAUUACUACCUCAGGAAAAGAAUGUUCUGCCUCAGUACUGGACUCUGGGCUCCAGGAACCCCAAAAAGUCUGUAAAUAACCAAUAUUGCAAAAAGGUGAUUGGAGGGAUGGUGUGGAACCCAGCCAUGCGGAGGUCCUUAUCAGUGGAGCAUCUAGAAACCAAGAGCCUGCCUUCCCGGUCCCCUCCUAUCACCCCCAACUGGCGAAGUCCUCGUCUCCGGCAUGAAAUCCGAAAGCCCCGCCACUCCUCUGCAGAUAACCUGGCGAAUGAGAUGACAUACAUUACCGAAACCGAAGACGUGUUUUACACCUACAAGGGCUCCCUGUCUCCCAAAGACAGCGAUUCAGAAGUUUCCCAGAACCGCAGCCCACACCGAGAGAGUUUGUCCGAGAACAACCCAGCACAAAGCUGCCGGACCCUGAAGUCAUCCAGCUCUGUGUCUCCAUCUUCAAAUGCUCCAGGCUCCUGCUCGCCUGAGGGGGUCGACCAGCAGUUUUUAGAGGACUACCACAGGGUGACCAAAGGGGGCUCCACUGAGGACGCCAGCCAGUACUACUGUGACAAGAAUGAUAACGGGGACAGCUACUUAGUCUUGAUCCGUAUCACACCAGAUGAAGAUGGAAAAUUUGGAUUUAAUCUUAAGGGAGGAGUGGAUCAGAAGAUGCCCCUUGUGGUCUCAAGGAUAAACCCCGAGUCACCUGCGGACACCUGCAUUCCGAAGCUGAACGAAGGGGAUCAGAUCGUGUUGAUCAAUGGCCGGGACAUCUCCGAGCACACCCAUGACCAGGUGGUGAUGUUCAUCAAAGCCAGCCGGGAGUCCCACUCGAGGGAGCUCGCCCUGGUGAUCAGGAGGAAAGCUGUCCACUCGUUUGCCGAGAUCAAAUCUGAAGAUGAACUGAACCAGCUCUUCCCAGAGGCCAUUUUCCCUGUGUGUCCAGAGGGUGGGGACACUUUGGAGGGAUCCAUGGAACUGCUAAAAAAGGGCCUUGAAAGCGGGACGGUGCUGAUCCAGUUUGAGCAACUCUACCGAAAAAAGCCAGGUUUGGCCAUCACAUUUGCAAAACUGCCUCAAAAUUUGGACAAAAACCGAUAUAAAGAUGUGCUGCCUUAUGACACCACCCGGGUAUUAUUGCAGGGAAAUGAAGAUUAUAUUAAUGCAAGUUAUGUGAAUAUGGAAAUUCCUGCUGCUAACCUUGUGAACAAGUACAUUGCCACUCAGGGACCCCUACCACAUACCUGUGCACAAUUUUGGCAAGUCGUCUGGGAUCAGAAGUUGUCUCUCAUUGUCAUGUUGACAACUCUCACAGAGCGAGGGCGGACCAAGUGUCACCAGUACUGGCCCGAUCCCCCAGACGUCAUGGACCACGGCAUCUUCCAUAUCCGGUGUCAGUCUGAGGACUGCACCAUUGCCUACGUGUCCCGAGAAAUGCUGGUCACAAACACAGAGACUGGGGAAGAGCACACCGUGACACACCUCCAGUACGUCGCGUGGCCCGACCACGGCGUGCCUGAUGACUCCUCAGACUUUCUGGAGUUUGUGACCUACGUGAGGUCCCUGCGGGUGGACGGGGAGCCCGUCUUAGUUCACUGCAGUGCGGGAAUAGGUCGAACUGGAGUGUUGGUCACUAUGGAAACAGCCAUGUGCUUAAUUGAGAGAAACCUGCCUGUUUACCCACUGGAUAUUGUCCGGAAGAUGCGAGACCAGCGGGCCAUGAUGGUGCAGACAUCAAGCCAGUACAAGUUCGUGUGUGAAGCGAUCCUUCGAGUGUAUGAAGAAGGCUUAGUCCAGAUGCUGGAUCCCAGUUAGGACUACUGUGAAGCGUUCAUUCCUCGUUCCCAAGAGCAUCUUCCCGAGGAGAGGAGGACACGCCUUCCUCCGGAGGCCGGGAGAGGAACUGCUAGCUGUGGGAAAGGAAUGAGCACAUUUGAACCCAGGCACUUUAAAUUUUAUAGAAAAGGUAUCCUGUACACAGGAACUGGUGUAGAUAUGCAUGCAGCUGUGGCUUCCUUUAGGCCCAGAGAGAAAUAAAAAGGGAUCCCAGUUUGGGCCUUCCUCCCCAGACAUCACACCCCGCUGUCAGCCACCCUUUUGCAAACAAGAGGGGCUGCCAGCAGCGCUGUUGACCUCCCCCAGAAGCCGGACAGCAUGGUUCUGGAGGGCUGUGUGGUGUUUUGUUGAUCUGGGUAGGACUCCGAGGGCUGGGUUCCCUGGGCUUCGAGACAGAGCUGGGGUGAGGCACAGUCCCACCCCAGGGGUAAAGGAAGCCCUGGUGAAUGUCCCACACACAGGGUGGUGGCCAUUCAGGCUGAAGACAAGCAGCACCCUCCUUUGUCUCAGCUCCGUGCCCCUUGUGAUAUCUGCAAGGCACCCCUGCCCUUCCCCGCCAUCAUCCCCCUUCAGGUUCAUAUCCAGUGCCUGAACCAGAUCAGUAAUGUACGUGCAGGCGAAUUUUCAGCUGAGACUGAGAACUCCACGCUCAGCGUGAUCCCGGGUCUCCCCGUUAGAAGCAGGUGUCUCCCGCCUCUGCUUGCCCCCUCCUGGAUUCGCAGACGCCCGGACUGGGACCCCUGACUACUGAAUCUCAUACAUGGACUGCUGCUACUCCAAGCUCUUACACUUGAAAAGAGACAUUUUUUUUUUCCCCAAGGGGGACAGGAUGAUAGCAUCUAAACAUUCAGAGUCUUUGGCCCUUCUAAGAAAAGACCUGCCAGUAAGUGACCACGGGAAACCCUGCUUGCCGGGAAUCCCUGUUGGCGUGUGCACGUGUGCGUGCGCCCCUACGGGUGUUUCUCAGGAUGCCUAACUCAGUUCAAAUCACCGUUGAGUUUAUAUAAAGAAUGAGUCUCUGUAUAGAAGAACAAACGUGUGCAUUCACCCUCAGAGCGGUCUCCAUUUCAUUUCAGAGGAGAGGAUCAGACUAUCUGAAUAUAAACACAAUUUGAUGUUAAUUUAUUCUAAGUACCCCAUGAUUUUGAUUGUCCUGAAGAAUUCUGCCUUUGUGAAUACUGUGUUAAUUUUUUUUUUUUUUAAUUUGUGACGGGACUGUAGCAAAUUACUAUUUAAGGAAAAUAAAUUACAUAAACAUU